CUUUGUAUCUCUCUCUAACUUCGAUCUCCUCUGUCUUUUUCUUUAUGCAUUUAAACCUCCAUUAGGAGACAGUAGAACCCAAGUUCCUGAUUGCCAUGAAGGUUUCAAUGCUGGAUUAGUCUCUGAGGUCCUCUUUCGAGAAGGUUCUCAAUAUAUUCUUUACAAUUUGCGUGAGCCUUGUUGUGAAUCGCAUUUGGAUGAUACAGUCAAAGAAGCUCAAUUGGAGACCAGCAAUGGAGACUCUGAGUUAAAAACUGCUCCGUCCAAAGAGGGCGAUUCAACCAUGGGUGAUGGUGAAAGUGAGAAUUUGGAUGAGAGUAAGGUGCGGAAGAAGCCUAAGUGGCAGUAUUCAACCUGCUUAGUGGCCCACGACGUGGAUUAUCUGUUGUCUCUGAUAAGAGAGAAAGGGGUUGCAUGCAGUUUAGUUCAGCCCUUGAACUUUGAGCCUGUCAUUAAUCAUUGGGCAUUUCGAACCUGUCUAACUAUACUCUUUUACAUAUUGGUUUUUUGGAUUCCUGGUAAACUCAAAGUUCGAACUGGGGGGAGAGGAAAGCGAGCCAGUGAAACCACUCGUUCCCACAAUGUAGAGGGGGCUGAUGCUGCUAAGACCGAGCUUAUGGAGAUCAUUUCAUGGAGAUGUCAACUACGCUAGAGUAGGAGCCAAGGUACCAAGAGGUGUGCUCUUGGUUGGGCCGCCAGGUACAGGAAAGACCUUACUAGCUCGUGCGGUGGUUGGAGAAGCAGGGUUGCCCUUCAUUUCUGUUUCAGCCAGUGAAUUUGUUGAGCGUUUUGUUGGAGCUGGAGCUUCUCGCAUUAGAAGCCUCUUCAAUGAUGCAAGGAAGUGUGCACCAUCAAUCAUAUUCAUUGACAUGCUUGAUGCAGUUGGAGGGAAGAGGGAAGAAUGGACUGAUUGUGAACGUUACCAAACUCUAAGCAGUUGAUGGCUCAAAUGGAUGGGUUGGAAAGGGAUAUGGCGGUGGUUGUUAUUGCAGCGACUAAUAGUUUGGACACAUUAGAUCCAGCUCUU